AAACGAAAUUGGGGCUGAAAUUAGAAGCUUUAUUUUAACUUCUGAAGUCAAAAUCAGAUCAUUUAUGUUGCUGCAUGGGAGUAUUGAUGGUUUCUGAUAUGAUUUGUGGAUUAAUUUAAUGGUUGGACGCUGCGUUCUUUGAGACAAUUAAGAACUAGCAACAAUCUGAUCGACCCCAUUUUUUGGAAGCAUUUGAAAUUUGUUCAAAGGAUAUCCAUCCAGUUCCGAGUUCAUUGUUCAGAGAAAUUAGUUGUGGAGACAACUGAGAGAGCGAGACAUGCAGUCUAUGAAAUUCCCUUUCCACUAUGAUGAUGAUCAUCCGUUGAUCUUAAAUGAAGAGACAAAAAAGGAUGGUAAAAUACGUUAUUGUCGAGUGUGCAUUCAACGAGUAAGGGGUCCUAAUUACAGUUGCAAGAACUGCAGCUACUACGUCGUCCAUAAAUCAUGUGGCGAACCACCCAGCGAGAUACAGCAUCCGUUGCACCCGGAACAUACCCUUAAGAUCAAUACUACAAUUCAAGGCCAUUGGACAAAAUGCGAUGGCGGCUGUGGUGAGUACUGGGAGUGCUACAUAUAUAAUUGUUCUCGCUGCAACUUUAAGCUUCAUCAAGAUUGCGCUUUGCUACCGCCCACCAUAAAAACUGAAAGUCAUGACCAUCCUCUGACCCUCCUUCGAAGAUCAUUGUCUUUCACUUGCGAUGCUUGUGGGGAAGAAAGAAAGUGCAUGUCCUAUUUUUGUUUCACCUGCUCAUUCAGGGUUCACACGCAAUGUGCUCUCUUUCCCUUGACUCUCACAAUAACAAGUCACAACCACCCUCUGAGUCUGAACCUCAUCAAAAACUCUCCUCAGCUCAACCAAUCCGAGAAUCAGCAAAUUUGUCCUCUCUGUUAUAAGAAGGUGAACACAAAAUACAAAUGUUAUUAUUGCUCGAGUUGUGAUUUUGUUGCACAUCCUCAUUGUGCUGCAAAGAUUUACAACAAGAAUGAAGCAUUUGACCCGGAAUUCAAAGAUGAUCAGCCUAUUUUGCCCCAUGACCUUCUUGGGCGUGAUGAAUCUAGUGACACAUUAGCUCAAAUUGCCAACAAGAUCAAUACCCCGGAAAAGGGAAAAGCUGAAAUCGUCACAGAGAUCAAACAUAUCUGUCAUGAACAUAACUUAAAGCUUGCAGUUGAUGAGCUAGAGAACAAUGAAAAAUGUAACGGGUGUACGCAGUAUCUCUCCUCUCCGUAUUAUUGUUGUUUACAAUGCAAGUUCUGUCUUCACAAAUCUUGUGCUGAUUUACCCCAAAAAAAAUUACACCCGCUUCAUAAACAUCCGCUCACCCUCCUCCCAAACAUAUUUCCUGAAUGUUAUGGAGUCUUGAAGUGCGCUGCUUGUGAUCGUCGGUGUAAUGGCUUCGUAUACAAUUGUGAGAGCUGCAACUUUAACCUCGAUGUCCCAUGCAGUUUGAUACCGAAAAAAGUUACCCAUGAGGGUCAUGAGCACCCACUCUUUGUUACUUACAUAAGAUCUCGUGUCAGAUAUAUGGACAGCUGUAAUUCAUGUGGCGAACGUGUCCCUGCGACAAUUUCUUGUGGUGAUUGUGGAUUUAAGAUAGGCUUCUGCUGCGCUACCCUACCGCUUACCAUAAAAUAUGAGCCGUAUGAGAAACCUUUCAUACUCUCUUACAGCGUCGAGGAUGACUCUGGUGAGUAUUAUUGUGAUAUUUGUGAAGAAAAGCGAAAUCGGAUGCAUUGGUUCUACUAUUGUGAAGAUAUCUUUUUUGCUGCUCACACUAAAUGUAUUAUGGGGAAGUACCAUGAUGCAUAAAAUCCAGGUUAUUCAUGAUCGGACUCUGAAAGACAUGAUGCAUGUUAGACAUUUCAAUCCAACGUCACAAUCUCAUGGUUCUAAAUCAAUAUUUGCUGAAAUUGUUCAAACGUCUGAGCAAGUGGUACUGCAUGCGCGCAGCUUCAUUGUAAACUAGAAACGAGAUCAGGACCCACCCUCCCAACUCUAGAAGAUCGUGAUGUGAUGGAUGCAGGCCAGGGGUUAUUCUUGCAAUAUAUAUCUUGGCCCUAAUUACUUCAUGCUUGCUUGGGCAAGCUGAUCAUGUAAUAUAUCUGUGACGAGGACAAACGUGGCAUUUAAUUGUUUACUUGCGAUAUUUUACUUAUUCA